UUAAACAAAAAAAAAGGUCCCCAAAUCUAGCGCAACCCCCCUGAAACCUGAAACCCCCUCCCGCAGUUAUUGUAUGGCAUUGACGAUUUGAAGAAGAGACAGAGAAGUUGAAGAGAGAGAGAGAGUGUAUGGCUUCAAGUGCUUACAGAAACGGCCAUCACAAGGGAGCAGCGAAGCCUCUCCCCUCAAGUUUCAAAUCGUCGUCGUUUAAGUCUAGGCCAAGUCAAGGCCUGGGAUCGGGUAUUCGCCGGAGUAGUUCCGGCUCCUUCGGAGGCGCUGGAGAUGAUGGAGUACCUGGAAGGGUUCGAGUGGCUGUGAGAUUACGGCCCAGAAAUGCAGAAGAGUUGGUUGCAGAUGCAGAUUUUGCUGAUUGUGUAGAAUUGCAGCCAGAGCUUAAGAGGUUAAAACUUCGUAAAAAUAAUUGGGACGCAGACACCUAUGAAUUUGAUGAGGUGCUUACUGAAUUUGCAUCACAGAAACGUGUCUAUGAAGUUGUUGCUAAGCCUGUUGUGGAGAGUGUUCUAGAUGGUUACAAUGGGACUGUAAUGGCCUAUGGUCAGACAGGUACUGGGAAAACUUAUACUCUUGGAAAACUGGGAGAAGAAGAUAUGUCAUCUCGUGGAAUCAUGGUUCGUGCAAUGGAGGAUAUUUUAACAGAUCUUUCACCGGAGACUGAUUCCAUCUCAGUUUCAUAUUUGCAGCUUUAUAUGGAGACCAUCCAGGACCUGCUUGAUCCAGCAAAUGAUAACAUUUCAAUAGUUGAAGAUCCAAAAACUGGUGAUGUUUCACUUCCGGGAGCAACCCUUGUAGAAAUUAGAAAUCAGCAGAGUUUUAUGGAGCUGCUCAGAGUUGGGGAAUCUCAUCGAAUUGCUGCUAAUACAAAGUUGAAUACCGAAUCUUCUAGGAGUCAUGCUAUCUUGAUGGUACAUUUAAGGAGGUCAGUUGCAGCUAAAGAAGAUGCUGUUUCAGGUGAUACUGAUAACAUUUCUCACUUGGUGAAACCUACAAAGCCGCUUGUUCGGAAAAGCAAGCUGGUUGUGGUAGAUCUGGCAGGUUCAGAACGUAUUCACAAGUCAGGAAGUGAGGGGCAUACAUUGGAGGAAGCUAAAUCUAUAAAUUUGUCUCUAAGUGCUUUAGGAAAGUGCAUUAAUGCACUGGCAGAAAAUAGUGCUCAUGUGCCAGUUCGUGAUUCAAAACUUACAAGGUUGCUUAGAGAUUCAUUUGGAGGUACGGCUCGCACUUCAUUAAUUGUUACUGUCGGUCCUUCUCCACGCCAUCGAGGAGAGACCUCAAGUACCAUAUUGUUUGGACAGAGGGCAAUGAAGGUAGAGAAUAUGCUGAAAUUAAAGGAAGAGUUUGAUUAUAAAAGUUUGUCCCGAAAGCUUGAAGUACAACUGGACAAGCUCAUUGCCGAAAAUGAAAGACAACAGAAAGCUUUUGAUGAUGAAAUAGAAAGAAUGAAUCUAGAAGCGCAAAACCGUAUCUCUGAGGUCGAAAGAAACUUUGCAGAUGCCUUGGAGAAGGAGAGGUUGAAGUGCCAGAUGGAGUACAUGGAAUCGGUUAAGGAGCUGGAGGAAAAGAUGGUAUUGAAUCAGCGAAAGCAUGGCUAUGAUGGCUUCACCGGUGAAAAGUGUAUUGGGGAGAGGCCUGGGGUUUGUGUUUCUGAAGACGUUUCUGAGCUCAAAAGGUUACUUCAAGGCGAAAUUCACUUAAGAAAGGCAGCUGAAGAAGAAGUGAACAAGGUGAAGAAUCAUCUAGAGCAAUUUACUAAGUCAGAGGCAGGUGGAGAUUCAGAGGUUUACAAGCUUCAAAGAAUUCUAGAGGACGAAGUUAAUCAGAAAAGGAAACUUGAAGAAGAAAUCAUAAUCCUACGCAGUCAAUUGUUGCAAUUAACUUUUGAAGCUGAUCAGACAAGAAGGUGUCUUGACAGAGGUGGGUCGGGAAAUGCUCUUAAUGGUCUCAAUUCUCUCAUAUCUCAAGUCAGGCAUUUCCAGUCUAAGGAAUCUGGGAAUGAACAAAAGGCACCGUUGCCGUCACUUUUUGAACAAGUUGGAUUGCAAAAGAUCUUGUCUUUGCUUGAGUCGGAAGAUGCCAAUGUGCGGAUUCAUGCAGUAAAAGUGGUGGCCAAUCUAGCAGCUGAAGAAGGAAAUCAAGAAAAGAUUGUUGAAGCUGGUGGUCUCACUUCGUUGCUGAUGCUUCUUGGAAGCAUGGAAGAUGAAACAGUUCAGAGAGUUGCAGCAGGUGCAAUUGCGAAUCUCGCAAUGAAUGAAGCCAAUCAAGAACUUAUAAUGGCUCAAGGGGGAAUCAGUUUACUGUCUAUGACAGCAUCUGAUGCUGAUGAUCCUCAAACUCUUCGAAUGGUUGCUGGAGCUAUUGCUAAUUUAUGCGGCAACGAUAAGCUACAAAUGAAACUGAGGUCUGAAGGUGGGAUAAAGGCCUUGCUAGGAAUGGUCAGAUGUGGACAUCCUGAUGUUCUAUCGCAAGUUGCCCGCGGAAUUGCAAAUUUUGCUAAAUGUGAAUCUCGUUCAUCUACUCAAGGUGCAAAAUGUGGUAGAUCUCUUCUAAUAGAAGAUGGUGCUCUUGCAUGGAUCGUGCAAAAUGCUAAUAGUGAAGCUGCACCAAUUAGGCGCCACAUUGAGCUGGCACUUUGUCACUUGGCACAGCAUGAGAUAAAUGCCAAGGACAUGAUUACUGGAGGUGCCCUUUGGGAGCUAGUUCGCAUUUCAAGGGACUGUACUCGGGAGGACAUAAGGAGUCUUGCUCAAAGGACUUUAAAUUCCAGCCCCACUUUUCGAGCAGAAUUGCGGCGGUUACGGAUAGAGUUCUGAUUGUUGGAGUUACUAGGUCUUUUGGCUCUUGCAAAUUUUGGGUAAAGAAGCAGGGCUUGGGUUCACGGUUGUGAUUAUAGAUGAGCUCUUGUGCUUGUAAUUGGACGAAAAAGAAAAAGAAAACAGCAUGCUGACCAGUGUUGGUGGGUUGAGGGGAAAGUUGAAAAUCGGUUGGUUGAUCGAGUGGGAUUGCAGAAUAUAUCCUCAAAUCUCAAUUGAUGCGUCAUCGCACAAUCUGUCAACUUCAUGUCUCGAGGUUAUGCUGUUGAUGUUCAUUAAUUCUCCCUACAACAGCAGCAGGAACUGAUAGUUCGGGCUUGCCUCAUGACAUGCUGAUGGUGAUAUUGCAUUAGCCACGUCAAACAUUCAAGUCAAACUACCCGUCAUCUAAGGAUGGCUUGUCUUUCGUAGGGCAGCUAACGGUACACCCUUUCUACUUAUGUUGUAACUUAAUUAAUUUGUGUAUAUUUUGGGAUUAUAACUAGUCUCUACCUAUUGAAAUUUUGCCUACUUAUUGAGGCUUUCCUUA